AUGCCGCCGAACGUGCCGACGAUCGUCGUCGCCGGCACCUCCAGCGGUGUCGGCAAGACCACGGUCGCCGUCGGGCUGAUGCAUGCACUGCACGCACAGGGAUGCCGGGGCGCCACCGACGACGGCUCGACGGCGCAGGUGGCCAAGUGGCUGCGCGCGCCCGUGCUGCUGGUCGUGGACGCGUGGAACCUGGCACGCUCCGCCGCGGCGAUGGUGCACGGCUACCAGAGCUUCGAUCCCGAGGUGGUGCUGGCCGCAACCGUCUUCAACCGCGUCGCCGGCGCCGCACACGGCACCUGGAUCGCGCAGGCAAUGGGCAGCCACCCGGGCACGGCCGCAGAGGCGCAGAGGGUGCAGUGGGAGUAG